GCGGCGAGCAGAGGAUCCCGGGGAGUUAGCGAGGUCGCACGCAGUUGGCCUAACGCUCGUCUUGGUGUCUGCAGCACUCUCCGCUUCCUUCCUGCGCCACGAGAACCGGCGGCUAGAAACUCACCAUGUCUAUUCUCAAGAUUCACGCCAGAGAGAUCUUCGACUCCCGUGGAAAUCCCACUGUUGAGGUUGAUCUUUAUACUGCAAAAGGUCUCUUCAGAGCUGCCGUACCCAGUGGAGCCUCAACUGGUAUUUAUGAAGCCCUGGAGCUCCGAGACAAUGAUAAGACCCGGUAUAUGGGGAAAGGUGUCUCAAAGGCUGUUGAGCACAUCAAUAAAACUAUUGCGCCUGCCCUGGUUAGCAAGAAACUGAACGUUGUGGAACAGGAGAAGAUUGACAAACUGAUGAUAGAGAUGGAUGGGACUGAGAAUAAAUCAAAAUUUGGCGCAAAUGCCAUUCUGGGCGUGUCCCUUGCGGUCUGCAAGGCUGGAGCUGUUGAGAAGGGGAUCCCCCUGUACCGUCACAUUGCUGACUUGGCUGGCAAUUCUGAAGUUAUCCUGCCAGUUCCCGCUUUCAAUGUGAUCAAUGGUGGCUCUCACGCCGGCAACAAGCUGGCCAUGCAGGAGUUCAUGAUCCUCCCCGUCGGAGCAGCAAACUUCAGGGAAGCCAUGCGCAUCGGAGCUGAAGUUUACCACAACCUGAAGAACGUCAUCAAGGAGAAGUAUGGCAAAGAUGCCACCAAUGUGGGAGAUGAAGGCGGGUUUGCCCCUAACAUCCUGGAGAACAAAGAAGCCCUGGAGCUCCUUAAGAAUGCGAUUGGGAAAGCUGGUUACACUGACAAGGUGGUGAUUGGCAUGGACGUAGCUGCCUCGGAGUUCUUCCGGUCUGGGAAGUAUGACCUGGACUUUAAGUCUCCCGAUGAUGCCAGCAGGUACAUCUCACCAGACCAGCUGUCAGACCUGUACAAGUCCUUCAUCAAGGACUACCCAGUGGUGUCUAUUGAAGACCCCUUUGACCAGGAUGAUUGGGAAGCAUGGGCAAAGUUCACUGCCAGUUCAGGGAUCCAGGUGGUAGGAGACGAUCUCACAGUGACCAACCCGAAGCGGAUUGCCAAGGCUGUGAGCGAGAAGUCAUGCAACUGCCUCCUGCUCAAAGUGAACCAGAUCGGCUCCGUGACUGAGUCUCUUCAGGCGUGCAAGCUGGCCCAGUCCAGUGGGUGGGGCGUCAUGGUGUCUCAUCGUUCUGGGGAGACUGAGGAUACCUUCAUUGCCGACCUGGUAGUGGGACUCUGCACUGGCCAGAUCAAGACGGGUGCGCCUUGCCGAUCUGAGCGCUUGGCCAAGUACAACCAGCUCCUCAGAAUUGAAGAGGAGCUGGGCAGCAAGGCGAAGUUUGCCGGCCAGAAGUUCAGAAACCCCUUCGCCAACUAAACUCUGGGCAGGCUAGCCCCCAGUCAGCUAGUUAGACCUCUGCUCCUGAUGCACAUGGCAGCUCCAGGCGGCCGACCAGGACUGCGGGGCCUUUGGUAGUUAACUCCCCUCUCCCAAUCCUGGUGAUGUUCUCACUGCUUCAUUAGAGCUGCUGUAGAAGUCAAGCUUGACCAUCUGGAACCCUGUUGGAAACCCUAGCUGUGUAAUCAUGUGAGUGGCCCAGAUCAUUGUUUAUCUCAUCCUGCUUCCCAGCAAGUGUUGGGCCAUGUGUGCUACAGUGUGAUCCAAGGUGUCAACAGGCAACAUCCCCAGUGGUUUUGUGUGCAAAAUAAAGCAUCAGUAACCUGUAAGAAUA